AUGGAAAAUAGUAAAGAUAGUGCAACACCAGUGGGAUCUGGCACCUACCUUGAUCCAGAUGAACCAGGCAAUCCUGUCAACAUCACAAAAUAUCGUGGAAUGAUUGGCUCACUUUUAUACUUAACGGCAAGUCGACCAGAUAUAAUGUUUAGCGUCUGCCUAUGUGCCAGAUAUCAAGCCAACCCUAAGGAAUCUCACCUUGCAGUAGUCAAACGAAUCAUUAAAUAUCUAAAAGGAACAACCAAUGUCGGCUUAUGGUAUCCUAAAGGUAGUAUGAAUACUUUAGUUGGUUAUUCUGAUGCUGACUAUGCAGAUUGUAAAACUGAUCGCAAAAGCACUAGUGGAACAUGUCACAUUUUGGGAAAUGCUCUAGUGUCAUGGUCAUGCAAGAAACAAGCAAGCGUGGCUCUUAGUACUGUUGAGGCUGAAUAUAUUGCAGCCGGAAGUGGAUGCGCUCAAAUCUUAUGGCUCAAACAACAACUGCUUGAAUAUGGUUUAAACCUUGGGUGUAUUCCUCUAAGAUGUGAUAACACAAGCGCUAUCAACAUAACAAAAAAUCCAGUGAUGCAUUCCCGCACAAAACACAUAGAUAUCAGACAUCAUUUCAUACAGGAUCACGUGUUCAAAGGUGAUGUUGAGAUAACAUUUGUAGAUACGCAAAAUCAACUUGCGGAUAUUUUCACAAAGCCGCUUCCGAAAGAUGCUUUCUAUAAAAUUCGUCGGGAACUUGGCAUUUUGGAUGAAGUGAUCUAG